AUGGUGCAAAUAGAUUACAUGCUCAUGAUUUCCAGGCAAGGUAAAGUACGUUUAAUGCGCUGGUUUUGUCCUUACAGUGCCAAGGAUAAAAAUAAGAUCUGUAGAGAGCUUACCACAACAGUUCUCUCUCGCAAGACCAAGAUGUGUAACAUAUUGGAGUAUCAAGAUCAUAAGGUUGUUUACAAGAGGUAUGCGAGUCUCUACUUUGUAUGCGGGAUCAACUCAGAUGCUAACAAUGAGCUUCUUACGUUAGAAAUAAUUCAUCGAUACGUAGAGGCCAUGGACACUUACUUCAACAAUGUGUGCGAGCUCGACAUUAUUUUCAAUUUCUCUAAAGCUUACGAGAUCUUGAAUGAAAUAUUGAUAUGUGAUGGUGCAAUUACUGAAACCAGCAAACAUUCGAUACUCAAAACAGUGGCGUCUAUGGACGCACUGGAAACGAGCGAUAACUUGGACCAGGUUCUCAGUUAA